AUGCAAAUCACAGGUCAAACGAAAAUCGUUGGCAUUAUUGGUGCCCCGAUCGAACAUAGCCGCUCCCCGCAGAUACACAACGCAGCAAUUGCCGCACUAGGCUUGGAUUAUGUCUAUGUACCCUUUCACGUCCAGCCUGACAAUUUAGGCGCAGCGAUUGAGGGGUUCAAGGCAGCCAAUGUUGUCGGUAUUAACGUAACGAUUCCACACAAACAAAACGUAAUCACGUACCUUGAUGAGAUAUCAAGGGAAGCGACGCUCAUCGGUGCCGUUAAUACGUUGAUUUUCAAAGAUGGAGCAAUUAGCGGCGAAAAUACGGACGCCCCCGGUUUCUUACAAGCAAUGCAGGAAGAGGGACUCGACGUUCCUGAAGGGGGGACGGCUGUCGUAAUUGGAGCGGGUGGUUCAGCACGCGCAAUUGUUGUUGCCCUUGCUCUUGCUGGGGUACAGACGAUUUGCAUUACCAAUCGUACCGUUUCAAGAGCGGUCGCGCUUGCCACGGAUCUUUCAGGGAAAACAGGCGUAUCAAUCUACGGAAUAGGGCUUGAUGAUCCCAAGCUAUCAAACGCUGUGGGAACAAGUCAAUUAAUCGUCAAUACAGCAUCCACCAGUAUGGAUGUUUCGUACCCGUUGUUGAUUGAUCCUGAGUGGUUAGAACCACAAUCCAUCGUUUACGAUAUUGUCUACACGCCUCCCGAAACGCGCCUUCUACGAGCUGCGGCGGAGAAGGGCUGUCACACAAUCGGUGGCUUAGGUAUGCUUGUCCAUCAAGGAGCGAUUGCUUUUGAGAAAUGGACGGGCGUCAAUCCGCCUGUUGAGAGCAUGCGGCAAGCACUCCAAGGUGCAUUCGAUCAGAAGUGA